CCAAUAUUUCCGGAGACCGUGCCGCCACUUCCUCCGCAACUGUCUCUCCAGCCGGUCCAGGAGAAACCCGGUACCAUACAGAUCUCGUGGAUCGACACCUACGCCGACUUCAUUCGCGACCACGGACCCCUUGUCUUUAUCCUACAGACACGCUUCUGUGUCUGCAAAAGUUUUAGCGAGAAAAAGGCCUCCAAGUGGCAGACCGUUCUCAUGGCUGUUAAUACAACAACAACAGUGGACACCUUCGAUCCCGGCCAUAUAUACCAAUUUCGCCUAGCGGCAGUUAGCACUCAGGGGAGCAGAGGCUUUGGACCAGCCUCCCGACCCUACCCACUCAACGCUUUGAGACCUCAGCCGCCACGCAACGUCACGGCCACCAAGUGGAGUAUUCAUCCCAAUGGCGAGGUCAGUGUGCGGCUCAGCUGGGCUCCACCUGAGGCCACUGGUCUCCCACUGAUUGAAUACUCUGUUUCAUGGGCGUUGGAUAGCGGCUACCCAACCACAACUAGCAGCAAACCUCUGGAAGAUUCCGGCGUUCCUUUCAUGCAGAGUGUUCAAACUAAAGAUUCUGAAAUUACAAUCAAUUCUCUUCGUCCCGGAUCUUCUUAUAAAGUUCAGGUAACGGCAAUCUACUUCCACGACGAUGGCAACCUCCAGUCGCUUCCACACAACUUUUUCAUUUCUACUCAGUCCCUCUUACCACUUUAUCGUCAGCGGAACAUGGCUUUGGAGAAUGCUAAAAAUAUACCACCAGCAACUGGACAUGUUGACAAUAAUGGCGGUGGUUAUGAUGGUGGGAACCGUGGUGACAGUGAAACUUGCAGGUGUAGCGGUUUAACCAAGAAUGACGAACGACUUGAAAUACAACCACCCGAAGUAUUCAACGGAGAUCUCACCGCACUUGUUCAGCUGAAGUCCUUUUCUCUAGAUAUGGACACCCAAAGCUAUCGCAUAGAAUGGUUCCCGCAGGUCUGUAUUGACACGAUUGAGAAUGCACUCACCUUACCACCUGCGGUUUCCUCACCUACGGCCGUCAAUGCUGCUUCGGGUUCACCGCACUCAGUAGACACUGACAGCGAAGUUAUUACAGCAACGGUUAGAAGUCGAAUAUUUCGACUGACUAAACUGAAGUUCAGUUGUGUCUACUUGGUGCGACUCACACCAGAGAAGGCAGACGAUAUGCGCUCACGUUUUGAUUCGCCACGACAACCCGAGCAAUAUCGCCUUGUCAACGGUGCUCCUUCGUCUGCGUUUUCUUCAUCAAGUGACAGUGCAGAGGACGUGGUGGCCGGAUGUUUUUGUACCCGUUCCUGCCACGAAACCAAAACUGCUUGGGGUACGAAACCCAUAGAUUGCCCUGCUGCAGAGAUUGCUGAUUUCCCUUACAAAACAGUGAAUUAUAGUAAACACCAACCUCUUUUGGAAGAGGAUUUUGCAAGAGAGGAAGGACUUGCAGCAUAA